UUUCAGUGCUCCUCAGCGCAUAGCCAUGCAUCGUCCCAAAAGGGCUGGCCUGCAUGGUGGACUUCUUUUAGACUUUUUUCAAAAUAUGUGGAUCCGCCCCUGCCUGAUUCCAUAUCUUAAACAUUGCCCGACCACAUGAUCUGGUUGAUAUUUCUCUGUCGAUUAGCAGGCAACAAGUGAGGAGCAGCUUUGUAGCCUGCAGGAAAAAGGGGGAGAUAAACGUUGAUCCUGACAUUCAAAAACUACAGACGUCCUCAGGCCCACCUUGCUGACAGAAAAGCACUGUGAUGAAUUCCCUGUUUCUCCUGAGCUGUCUAAGCUCCACCUGGUUUCUUAUAGUGUACUCACACAUGAUACUGGAGGACAAGCUAUACACCAAUACGUCUUCUUCCUCGAGUCUACGGCAUGGGAGCCUGUCAGAUGUUCCACCCAUCGUCAUUGUAGAGUUACCCAAAACCAUAAAGAAGAAAAAAACCAAGAAACCAAGAAAGAACAAAUUCAGCGUCAAAAACAAACGUCCACCUCCUCCCCCCAACUGCGUGCCAUUGUGGGGAAGCUGCAAAACCCCCAAUAAUGUGUGCUGUGAGUACUGCGCUUUCUGCCACUGCCGCCUCUUCAAGACUGUGUGCUAUUGUCGAAUGGGAAACCCGCGGUGUUGAAGACAUAAAAGAGGAUAUUAGCAUAUUCACAAGGAGAGAAAAUGUCAUUUUGAAGUCACUUUUAUUAUAAAUAAGAAUAGAAUAUGUUUCUGAACACGUUUAUAUUCAUGUGGAUGCUACC